AUGGCUCUUCAUCCGACGAUCGCUGCUCAGAUGAUGGCCGACGCCCUGGCGGCGGCUCGGCGCACCGGCUGGGUCCCGGUCAUCGGCCUCCUGACGACGGACCAGAUGACGGACCUCAUCGACGCCGGGCACGCGGCGAGUCAGCUGAUGGUGGGCCUGGUCCAAGGCACGACGACGGAGGAGGCGGCGGAGGUCGCGACGAUGACAGCGGGUGGCACCGGCGGCACUGGGAGCAUGCCCUUCGUGCCGACGCCCAUUCCUGAGGGCGACGAAGAUGGUUGGGUCCCCGCCCGUUGGUCCUUCCACGGCGGCGGCGCCGCACCGACGCCCUCAGGCAGAUCGACGCCGGCCAUUGUGAAGGCGACGCCUCCUGGGGAGCUGGCCCCAUUGCCAUCGGCGCCACCUUCUGUGCCAGCAUCAGGGACGACGACACCAGCGCGGGCUGAUUAUUUCAUCGACGCCGCCACCAAGGCCAAGGCGACGUCCUUGUUGGCGUCCCGGGCCGACACAUGGCAGGUGGCGGCGCUCACUUCAAUGCCCUCCUCUGGGACGACGACACCCGCACAGUCGGGGCGGCGAGGCCCGCCCAACGCCAGGGAGAUUGUCGCGGCGUUGAAUGUUCAGGCGACGCAGUCUCGCCCUGACUCAUCUUCGACGUCAGCCGGGCGACGUCCCUUCUUUACUGGCCUCGACGCCAUGGAAGAGGCUUCGGCGGCGGCCUCAGGAGCGGCGUCUCCCACUGGCAGCGCCCGCCACAAAGCCCCUCCGACGCCGUUGGUGCCUCCCACGGCGUUGGUCAUUGAUCCCAACAGGGGCGGCGGCGCCGAGGCGGCGCCCAUACACCCGGGUCUGGGGAUCGCUGCGACGGUCACCGUGGCGGCGGAGAACAUGGAGACGACGGAGCCGGUGGUCUACCCGCCGACGCCCAACCCCUUCGACGACCCGCCCAUGAGCACCUCGGCGAGCCACUCAACAGCCGCAGCCUCCGCGGCGGACAGGCCCCUCCCACAGACCUCGACGACGACCAGGCAGGGCCCAGAGGCGGCAUCGUCCUCGGCGAGCUCAUGGAUCAAUGAGGCCGACUGGGGCGACGUCCCCUGGGAGAACCCUCUCGACGCCCAGGCCAUGGCCAGGAUCGCGGCGGCGGCGAGCAAUGAGGAGUUCCCAUACAUCCGCCAGCCGCCUGCCGACGCCAGCCGACGACGGUCCUCAGUGCCGACGCAGGCCAUGCGGGCAGAGAGGCGGCGCAGAGAGGCAUCGGCCCAUGAGCGACGCCAGUAUGAGGCAUACGAUCCGCGGCGGUGGGGCAGCACCCCGUGGACGGCGGAGGAGGUGGGCCACAUCUCUCCGGCGUACUUCGAGUACAAACGCCAGAUGGAGAGGGCCGGCGCGUCAGCCGAGGACACGGCGGUGCCACCACACCUUCGGCGCUUCGCCUACACUGGCCUCGGCGAGCUCAGGGCGAUGGAGGCCAGCGGCGCCCUGCCCAGGCCCGUGACGCCACGGCGUGGCGAAGACCCGCCAGAGGCGGAUUACCCCUUCCUCCGACGCUUGCCCACCGGCGUGGUCGGCGCCAGAAUCACGGUGCGGCACAGCAAGGAGGAGCGGCGGAUUGUUGGCUGGUGCGCGCACCCGUGCACGGUGCCACACCGCGACGCCGUGUGCGGCGGAGAAGGUCGCUGCCUCCGACCUAUCGCCCUCGGCGCGGCCGGCUCACACGGCUCAUCCGGGAGCCACAAAUGCAGGGCCUGCGAGCCCAAGGGCGGCGCUGAGAAGCCACCCCGACGCUGGGCAGCUUGGAUUCGACGGGGUUUUUCUUUGGAUCCGGCGUUGGCCGGGAUCGACGACACCCUGACGACAGAGCUCCCGGCGGAGAUCCACCAGAGUUUUUCUUGCGGCGUUCGACGAAGCUCGACGCCUGCCACAGACCAUGCCUGGAGCUGCGCCCCGGUGGCGGCGGCCGGCGGCGGGGCGCACAUGUCAUGCUUUGCGGCCUUGGGGGUCGUACUCACACUGGCCACGGCGACCCCACCCGGGCCAGCCAGGAGACCGACGUCGGCCAUGGUACCACAUCGGGCGGACAUCCCGUACCGACGCCCCGCGCAGAGGGCCUCACUGCAGGCGGCGCUGGGGGCGGCCGACCCGCAGAACACCCAGAGGGCCAUCGACGAGCUGGAGUCGGCGGUGUUCGCCUCCACCACGCGGCGGUCGGUGGACUCCCGCAUCAGGUUUUGGCUCAAGAUAGCAGAGCGUCACGGCGUGGAGCCCUGGCCCCUCGACCACUACCGGAUCAAGCUGCUGGCGGCGUGCCUCAAGGACGGCGGCUACAAGUCGGCGCAGCUCUACCUCGACGCCGCCAUCUAUCACCACGAGCACGUCCUUCAACUCGACGUGCCACCGGCCCUGAAGAAAGCAGCCCGACGCUUCGCCCGAGCGGCGGUCCGGGGCAUGCCGGGAUCGAAGCUGAAGCAGGCCUUCGACCUCGGCGUCCUGUCGACCUUGGUCAGAUUCCAAGCGGCGCCUGAGCCCCUGGACUGCCGACGGCCGCACCAUGCUGUCGACGUGGUGAUCAUAGCAUGCUGGUUCAUGCUCAGGGAGGUUGAGAUCGCCGGCGCCCGGGUACAGGACCUCACACUGUCCUCGGCGACCUUCGGCGGCGGCAUCACCCUGGACCUGCCUCUGCAUAAGACGGCGCAGAGAGGACAGACCGAGCUGACACGGCGAUCCCUCCGCUGCGUCUGCACGGCGGUGAUCCACCCACUGUGCCCGGCGUGUGCCGCGAGGAGACAUGUGGCCAGGCUCCACGCCGACGGGGCCAAGGCACCCAGCUCGGCGCUUUUCCCCACCUCGACCACGGAGCCCCGGACGAAGGCGGCGUCCAUCGAGAUGUUCCUCCUGGUCCUGGCGGCGUGCGGAGUGGAGACACACAUGGAUCACCCCGACGGCCGGCGGGUGCCCAUCUUCGGGGGCCACGCCGCGAGGGUGUCCGGCGCCACCUUUCUGGCGGCACGGGGCGUGGCUAUCGCCAUCAUCCAGCUGCUCGGCCGAUGGGCCAGCGCGGCGGUCGAACGGUACACCCAGUCGGCGCCCCUGACCUAUGCAGCGGCGGCCAUACCGGCACAAGCCCUGGCCACUCGGCCGGCAGAGGCAGCCGGCAGCACGGCGGCGAGCUCAUCGCACAGCCCCUUGGCCCUGCCGGCACCAGACGACGACGACGACGCGGAGAGGCCGACAGCAGCCAGCCCGACGAGGUCCCCCGACGCUAUGCCGGAGGUUGACUUCGUGCCGGCGCCACUUAGACCGGCGGCCGUGGCACAGGUGGUCGGUGAGAACGCGACGAGGUUCAUCAUGAACGCCCGUUCCAAGAUAGUGCAUCUCCCCGGCGCCGACGAGACGGCGACCGAGAAGCACGAAUGGACGGCGAAGUGCGGGUGGCCAUACGGCAUUCGCCAGUUCUUCCGGCUGUCGGCGGAACCGCCCGACCCCCGGCGUUGCCAGAGGUGUUUCCCUGUGGUGGCGCUCGACGCGGCCACGGAGGUAGGGUCUUCCGACGGAAGCUCCUCAUCCUCGUCCGAGGGGUCGACGUCUGAUAGCGACUGA